AUGUCGCCUAUCGACUCUGUCCCCAUUUCCAGAGACGCCCUCGCCGCCAACCAGCCCAUUGUGAUCUCUGGUCCCUCGGGCGCCGGCAAAUCCACCAUCCUCAAGCGCCUCUUUGACGAUUUCCCAGGUAAAUUUGGUUUCAGCAUAUCGCACACAACGCGUGGCCCCAGGGGAACCGAACAAGAUGGCAAGGAGUACUACUUUGUGACCAAGGAAGAGUUUCUUGAUCUGGUAGAGAAGAAGGGAUUCGUGGAGCAUGCGCAGUUCGGAGGAAACCACUACGGUACUAGUAUCAGGGCUGUGAAUGAUAUCGCAGAGAGGGGCCAGAUCUGUAUCUUGGAUAUUGAGAUGGAGGGCGUCAAGCAAGUCGCGAACCACCCUACAUUCCCUCGCCCGCGAUUCCUGUUCUUGCAACCACCGUCAAUGGAGAUCCUGGAGGAGCGAUUGAGGAGUCGGGCAACGGAUAAGGAGGAGGCUAUCUUGAAGAGGCUCAACCAGGCCAAGGUCGAGAUGGAGUUUGCGCACAGUGGACAGGCGCCGCACGACAAGAUCGUCAUCAACGACGACCUGGACAAGGCAUACAAGGAGGUUAAGGAGUUUGUUGUCGGCACUGAGGCAUGA